UGGGAUACGGACGGUGUUUGCCUCAGCUAACUAGCUAUCAAGAUGGCCGAGAAUGUUUGGUUGAGGAGCUGGAGCUGAAUACAAGCAGAACUGGAGCGACUGUGAUGUUGAGUGGCAGGAUUUACUCGCCCGCGACAGAGCAUAUUCAGAAAGUUCAGAGCAUAGAAGAGUCCAGCGUUGGAAACCUUAAGCAAGUCUAAUGAAGCGAGCGGCUGCAAAGCAUCUAAUUGAGCGUUACUACCACCAGUUAACUGAGGGCUGUGGAAAUGAGGCCUGCACGAACGAGGCUUGUGGCUCCUCUCCGGGUUUCCGGCGCAUGGAUAACAAUGCAGCGGCCAUCAAGGCCCUGGAGCUCUAUAAGAAUAACGCCAAACUCUGUGAUCCUCACCCCUCCAAGAAAGGUGCCAGCUCGGCUUUCCCGGAGAACAGUGCCAAAGGAGCUCACAACUUUUCUGCUUGCAGCAACGGGAAGAUGAACCACAAGGAUCUGCCUCCCUCAAGGGAAGACUUUAGAGAUUUGAACUAUUUGACGGAGGAGAAGGUUUAUGAAAUUCUGGCUCUCUGUGGUGAGACAGAAGACUACUCCCCUCUAAUCCGUGUCAUCGGGAGGGUCUUCUCUAGUGCUGAAAGCUUAGUGCAGAGCUUUCGGAAGGCUAAACAACACACCAAGGAGGAGCUGAAAUCGCUGCAGGCCAAGGACGAGGACAAGGAUGAAGAUGAGAAAGAAAACGCCUCUGGUUCGGCCAGUGCCAUGGAAGUGGAUCCUGAUGCUGCUGCCGCUUCCAGUGGAGAGGGGGCCUCUCACGAUGGUAAUAAUGUGCAAAAGCUGGGCCCGGUUGAAGUGUCUGUGGACAUUGACGCAGUAAGAAGAGUUUAUGACAGACUAUUGUCAAACGAGAAGAUUGAGGCGGCAUUCCUCAACGCAUUAGUGUAUCUGUCGCCCAAUGUGGAAUGCGACCUCACGUAUCACAACGUGUAUGCCGCAGACCCCAAUUAUCUAAACGUGUUCAUCAUUGUCAUGGAGAACAGCAACCUGCACAGCCCUGAGUACCUAGAGAUUGCCCUGCCCCAGUUUUGCAAGGCCAUGAGCAAGCUACCUCUCCCAGCUCUGGCCAAGCUAGCACGUCUUUGGUCGCAGUACGGAGCAGACCAGAUCAGGCGCCUGGUGGAGACCUUCCAGCAGCUCAUCACCUACACAGUUAUAAGCAACGAGUUCAACAGUGACAACCUGGUAAAUGAGGAUGACGGCGUGGUGGCGGCCACCAAGUGCUUGAAAAUCGUCUACUAUGCAAACGUGCUGGGCGGUGACCUGGACACAGACCACAACGAGGAGGAGGAUGACGAGCCCAUCCCUGAGUCCAGUGAGCUGACCCUACAGGAGCUGCUGGGGGAGGAGCGACGCAACAAGAAAGGGCCGCGUGUGGACCCGCUUGAGACGGAGCUGGGCAUUCGCACCUCGGACUGCCGCAAGCCCCUCAUUCCCUUCGAGGAGUUCAUCAAUGAGCCACUAAACGAUGUGCUGGAAAUGGACAAGGACUACACCUUCUUCAAGGUGGAGACGGAGAGCAAGUUCUCCUUCAUGACCUGUCCGUUCAUCCUUAACGCUGUGACAAAAAACCUGGGCCUCUACUAUGACAACCGGAUCCGCAUGUACAGUGAGCGCCGAAUCACUGCUCUCUACAGCCUGGUGCAAGGACAGCAGCUCAACCCGUACCUGCGCCUAAAAGUGCGAAGAGACCACAUCAUAGAUGAUGCUCUCGUCAGGCUGGAGAUGAUUGCCAUGGAAAAUCCAGCAGACUUGAAGAAGCAGUUGUAUGUGGAGUUUGAAGGAGAGCAGGGGGUGGAUGAAGGAGGAGUUUCCAAAGAGUUCUUUCAGCUGGUAGUAGAAGAGAUUUUCAACCCUGAUAUAGGCAUGUUCACCUAUGAUGAAAGCACAAAGCUUUUCUGGUUUAACCCCUCAUCAUUUGAAAAUGAAGGCCAGUUCACAUUGAUAGGUAUUGUCCUGGGGCUAGCUAUCUACAAUAACUGCAUUCUGGAUGUGCACUUCCCUAUGGUUGUUUACAGAAAGCUAAUGGGAAAGAAAGGAACCUUCCGAGACCUUGCAGACUCUCAUCCGGUUCUUUAUCAAAGUCUGAAGGAGCUGUUGGAAUAUGAGGGCAAUGUAGAAGAAGACAUGAUGAUCACCUUCCAGAUAUCACAAACAGACUUGUUUGGAAACCCUCUCAUGUACGAUUUAAAGGAAGGUGGAGACAAAAUCCCUGUCACCAAUGAAAACAGGAAGGAGUUUGUAGCAUUAUAUGCUGAAUAUAUGCUGAACAAAAGUGUGGAGAAACAAUUCAAGGCUUUCAGAAGAGGUUUCCAUAUGGUUACUAACGAGUCUCCGUUGAAGUAUCUGUUUCGACCUGAAGAAAUUGAGCUGCUUAUAUGUGGAAGCAGAAAUCUGGACUUUCAAGCACUCGAAGAGACUACGGAAUAUGAUGGCGGUUACAGCAGGGAUUGUCGCAUUAUUAAGGACUUCUGGGAGACAGUGCACUCAUUUGGACAGGAGCAGAAGAGGUUGUUUCUGCAGUUCACCACAGGCACAGACAGAGCGCCAGUGGGCGGCCUGGGCAAGUUGAAGAUGAUCAUUGCCAAAAAUGGGCCAGACUCAGACAGGUUACCAACCUCUCACACCUGCUUCAACGUGCUGCUUCUUCCUGAGUACUCCACCAAGGAAAAACUUAGAGAGAGACUCCUCAAAGCCAUCACUUAUGCCAAAGGCUUCGGCAUGCUCUGAGGCACGAGGAAAUGCAAAAGAACUCACUCAACUUCAGAGUUUUCAUGUGUUCGUCAAAGGCGAAAUCUAAUACACCGACAAACAAAAACAUAAAUAUCAAGUUUAAAUGUAAGGCAGGAUAUGAAUUGGGUUAAAGUGGGAAAAGUUCUGGUGACCGAGUGCCUGUGCCUAAAUAGAUAAAACCACACUGGACUCUUGGCUCUCUCCCUCUAAUGUAAGUGUUAAGUUUCCCUUUUUGUAUGCACUGAGAUAUAGCACUAUUUAUUUUAAGGGAUAAAGUAUGUUCUUUCAUGUCUGCCUGGAAUUCAGCUCACUUUUUGAUUUCGAAAGCGGUAAAAGGAGGGACGGUUAGAGAUUUCCACACCUUCAGGACUGAUCACCAUGUAAACCUAAAGAAAUAAUAUGAAAAAAGAAGAACAAAAGAGUAAAGGCAGGAGGAGGAGGUUAUUGUUGUACUAUGGUUGAACUGUGAAAGUGCACUUAACUCAAUAUUCAGAAUGUCUGUUAGUUUUUCUAUCGACCGCUUGUUGACAUGUCACGCUCAUGGUUCAUAGGUCUUCCCCAGUCAGUCCGCACAUCGCCAGCGAUGCUUUUUUGAGGUACAGAGCAACUUGAAACCAACCUUUGUUACCAGGAAUCUGUAUUUAUUGAGGAACUGCAUUCAUUUGUGUAAUGCCAUGUCGGCAAGUUGUGCUGCUUGCUUAUGGCCAGUGUUCUGUAUCUAGCUGCAGGGUCUGGUUCUCUGUCCUUACUGCAGUAUGAUGACAUGAUUAGCCGUCUGCUCUCGUGGUGUACUUAUGACAAAGGAAAAACUAUGAAUAGAAGAUUAAAAGAGAAAGGAAUCCACAUUUCCUUUACAGUGUUUGCAGAGCCCUGAUGUGCAGAGGGAGAUUUCUUUACCAGUCUUGUUUUAAUUCAGGGUGGCAGACUUUUAAGCUAAUUACAAAAAGCCCUUAUCAGUACAUCAUGGAAGUCAGCUGGGUUAAUAUUUUAGUAGCUUUGUUUUGCUCCGCACAGUGUCUGGCCCAAAUAACUAUACUGUUGAACGAAAUGAGGGGAUAUUGGCACAAAUUGUACCACUGUCCUGCUGUGCCAAACAUGCUGAGAUAUAACCCCUCAGGUUUACCCAAGUACAGCUGGAAACCCACUAUAGUGAUCCCCCUGGAUUCACUGAGAAUUUCUUUUGCUCAUCAUUUUACUGUUUUUUUUUUUCUUCUUCUACUUCUUCUUCUCUCAGAUAAAUGUGUCUGUGGUUUGUUCCACUGCUGAUGGCGCUCACAUUAAAGGGGUAACAGAACUUGAUAUUGAGAAUGAAAGCAUUUGAUUGUUUCCAGUUAUUCUUAAAUAAAUUAAAAACUGAAAAACAAA